AUGAAUGAGGUCACUGUUGUGAGAGAAGGAUGGCUCCUUAAGAGAGGCGAGUACAUCAAAACAUGGAGGCCUCGCUACUUCAUUUUAAAGACUGAUGGAUCUUUUAUCGGCUAUAAGGAGAAGCCUGAAGUGUCCAGUGAUCACAACCUCCCCCCUCUCAAUGACUUUUCGGUAGCAGAAUGUCAGAUAAUGAAGACUGAGCGACCAAAGUCAAACACAUUUGUCAUCCGGUGCCUUCAGUGGACCUCUGUUAUCGAGCGCACCUUUCACGUUGAGAGCAAUGAAGAAAGGGAGGAGUGGAUGCGCUCGAUCCAGGCUGUGGCCAAUAGCCUGAAGAGCCAGCAGCAGGACGAAGAGCCAAUGGUGAUAAAAUACGGCUCUCCCAGUGACAGCAGCGGCGCGGAGGAUAUGGAGGUGGCCGUGUCGAAAGUCCGCACCAAAGUGACCAUGAGUGACUUUGAUUACCUGAAGCUUCUGGGAAAGGGCACUUUCGGCAAAGUUAUCCUGGUGAAGGAGAAGGCCUCAGGGAUAUACUACGCUAUGAAAAUCCUCCGCAAGGAUGUCAUCAUCGCUAAAGAUGAAGUAGCGCACACAGUUACAGAAAGCAGAGUCCUUCAAAAUACCAGACAUCCCUUUUUAACUACUCUCAAAUAUGCAUUUCAAACCCACGACCGCCUAUGCUUUGUGAUGGAGUAUGCAAAUGGAGGAGAACUCUUCUUCCACUUAUCUCGAGAUCGUGUUUUCUCCGAGGACAGAGCUCGAUUCUACGGAGCAGAAAUAGUAUCCGCAUUAGAGUAUUUGCAUUCAUGUAAUGUUGUUUACAGAGAUUUGAAGCUGGAGAACCUGAUGCUGGACAAGGAUGGUCACAUGAAGAUUACAGACUUUGGUCUGUGCAAAGAAGGAAUCACGGACGGUGCCACAAUGAAGACUUUCUGUGGAACCCCAGAGUACCUCGCCCCGGAGGUGUUGGAGGACAAUGACUAUGGGCGCGCAGUGGACUGGUGGGGUUUGGGUGUGGUCAUGUACGAGAUGACGUGCGGCCGUUUGCCCUUCUAUAACCAGGACCAUGAGCUUCUGUUCGAGCUCAUCCUGAUGGAGGAGAUCCGCUUCCCCAAAAACCUGGGUCCUGAUGCCAAGUCCCUGCUGGCAGGUCUUCUCAGGAAGGACCCAAAGCAAAGACUUGGAGGAGGACCGGACGAUGCUCAAGAAGUGAAGGGCCACGUGUUUUUUACGUCCAUCAACUGGCAGGAUGUGAUUGACAGAAAGCUUGUGCCCCCAUUCAAGCCCCAGGUCACUUCAGAAACAGACACCAGAUACUUUGAUGAUGAAUUCACAGUGCAAAGCAUCACUAUAACACCACCUGAUAAGUAUGCAGACAGUCUAGAUGCCGAAGAUUCAGACCAGCGAACGCACUUCCCCCAGUUUUCCUACUCUGCCAGCAUACGAGAAUGA